GAUUGCGAGGGGCCGCGGCCGGUCUAUUUAUAGAUCAAGUCGUCGGACUUGACCCCCAAUUAAGGCUUUGAGCGGUCGGUCUGUUGCGCUCGUCUUCUAGGGUUUCGAUCUUCUUUGCCUCUGAGACCCUCUUCUCUGCGGCGCCCGGUGACCUCUCAGUUAUUAGUUGAAAAUGUCAGAACCAGAGGAGUACUGCUGCUUUAUCGGCAGCCUUUCAUGGUCGACAACUGAUGGAGGUUUGAAGGAUGCAUUUCAUAAAUUUGGCCAUCUUGUGGAGGCAAAGGUUGUCGUUGACAAAUUUUCUGGUCGUUCUCGUGGAUUUGGCUUCGUCACUUUUGAUGACAAGAAUGCCAUGGAAGAUGCCAUUGAAGCCAUGAAUGGAAUGGAUCUAGAUGGACGAUCUAUUACUGUGGAAAGAGCACAACCACAAGGUCCUGGUAGCAGGGAUCGUGAUGUGGGGCGUGACUUUGAUCGAGAUCGCGGCCGUGGCCGUGGCCGUGGUCGGGGAUUUGGUGGUGGUGGACGAAGUUCAAACAGUGGUGACUGCUUUAAAUGUGGCAAUCCUGGUCACUUUGCUAGGGAAUGCCCUUCUGGUGAUGGUGCACGAGGGGAUAGGUAUGGUGGUAGGGAGGACAGAUAUGGGGGUAGUCGUGGCGGUAAUAGCCGAUAUGGACCUGACAGGAAUGGGGAUCGUUUCACUAAUCGGAACAGAGAUGGGGGAAGCCGUGGGGGUCCUGGAGGUGAUCGUUAUAAUCGUGAACGCUCUGGUCCAUAUGAACGCCCUAGUGGAGGUGGCAGUGGCUAUAGAUCUUGAUCCUGUUGCAGCUGCUGUUACAGCCGUGGAGCUAGUAUAUCAUUACAACUGAUUUAGGAGGCAGUGGGCAAUGUAUUACUGGCUUUCAUUAUCGUCUCACUGUUCUCUGCUUUGGAUCUGUCAGGCAUGCUAUUUCCAUCGCUGCUUCAGGGCUUGGGAACCACUCAUUCAGAUGUUAUGUUGCUUUGAUACAGUGCCUGUUCUUGAUGGAAAAACUACUGCUUUUUGGUACUUUAAGCUUUAUGCAUUUGACCGUGUUGGAUUAUAUGGUUUGGUAAGAUCUUUUAUCGUGGUCUUGGAUU